CGUUAAUGCACACGUCUGUUUUCCAUUUAUUAAUUAAACCUAUAUGGACUGGAAUGAGGUUGUGUCGUGUGACGAAGAGGCUGUUUAUGUGUUUAGCGCUGCACAGAGCGUCUGGCUAAAUAUUCUGACUCUGAGGAUGAGUGCAUGAGUGAUGAAGUGUCUGGGAAUCAGGACUCGUCCAGAUGGGAGUCAAAGUCUGAUCCGAAAGGUGACAGGACAUUAACAAGAACCAGCUGGAAGCAGUCUCACACACAUGCACCCACGCACACACACACAGUGGUUUUUGUGUUUCGAGAGCACCUCUCAUCCAUCUAACUUUAUUCCUAACAGACAAUCAAAUUGUAAACCUUGAAAAAUUCACUGACUUGGUAGAGACCUCUAAAAUAUCCCUACAAGAUUGCAGCUUUUUUUGUCCCUGCUAGUAUUACACAGCUAAACUAGGAAUACACACACACACACAUUUUCUAAGAAAAGGACAUAUCUUGCAAUUUGUGUUGAAAAAAAAUUGCGUCUCACCGCCUUCAGCUGCAGCUUAUUAGAGUUCAUCAGAUUAUAGUCUUUACAGUUUCCCCUUUUUACUACUAUUUUUAUUCUGGAUUGUCGGAGCAAAACUGUGCUGCAAAUGUGUUGAGGGUAAAUUGAAAUAGUCAGCAAAGAGCCGCACACAUCACAUAAAUAUUAUUAUAUUGCUAUAAAAAAACACUUUACUUUUGCUCCUAAGCCUUUUCUUGAAAAAGAUGGAAAAAUAAGAUAAUUAUUUACCUUUAAAUGAUCACAAAAAAAAAAAAAGCGAUGUAACCUGGCUAAUUAGGUAUAAAUGGAACCUCUUCACUAAAUCUUUGAGAUAAUGAUGAUCUUGAAAGUGAGCUCACUUAACAGCCGACACCCUGAUUCUUUCCAUGUGUUGUGCACGAGGAAGAUAAUAAGCUAGUACAAGUUGAAGCGAUGUAAUUAAACUUUGGCUGGUUCUUCUCUUUAACAUAUGACUGUGAAUGGUGCCUGGAGAAUCCAUUGGCCUCUUCUUCCAACACACGUCUUGGUUCAUGCGACCGCACACACAAACACAAACACACGUGCACGAGCGUGUGCAGUGGUAGUGAGACUCAGCCUGGAAAUGGCAGAGACUUGAAGGAGGUCUGAGAAUGCUGAAGGUGGAGAGGGAGCCCAGUGGGAGGACAGGGGGUGGGGGAGUUGCAACUUCAGGGCAAUAUAGACCACAUGCUAUGGGAAGGAAUGCAUGUGUCUUUGUAGGACACCGAGAAGGAAAGAAGAGAGAGGCGGAGAAGAGGAAAUAAGGAAGGAGGGAGGGAGGGAGUUAAACGGAGGUUGCAGCGUGGCUCUGUGUCUGAAUGAAAGAACCUCUCUCUGUCUUGUCUGUCUGUCGCUGUGCUUAAGUACGCAGCAGCAGCAGCAAGUGAGCACAUGUCCAGAGCAAACACUCACUUCAAGCUGAAACCGUAAGCCGAUGUUUGCCGGCCAGAAGGGAAAAAUUUCACACAAGCUACGGCCAAAGGUGCAUCUUUCUCUUUCCGUCUUAUAUGGGUAAAAGAAGCUGGAUUUCUUCCGAGAAAGAACAUGUGACCACUCUUCCACCAGGACGGCUUUCCCUCCAGAAAAUGAUUUUGUGAAUAUCUGAAGACCUUUCAGAAUCUGGAUUGUGCUCUUGGAGACCUAUGGUCAGGAGAAUUCAUCAGGUUCGGUGUCUCGAUCGUCCUGCAGGACUGAUGUGUGUGGGUUGUGCUUUUAACCGGCAGAGUCCUGAGAGCUUUGUUGGUCUGUGGACCAAUCACAGACAAGUGUGAUGCUACAUCAGUGUGUUUGAUGCAGACACACAUUCACACUUGUGCACACAAGGCUGUCUGACACCGCAAGGACCAGACGGUCAGAUGAGGACCAGCAAACUGGUACAGCCCUGGAGAGAAUUUACCCUCAAGUUUGCUGGAUUAGCACUGGUGGAAAUGUAACGCAUACAGUGUAGUUGUUUUUCUGCCAACACAAAUUUCUAAAGCAUCGCCUACAAACUGCUCAGACUGAAACGUUUUUUGCAUCAACAACAGGGAAAAAAAAAAACCCAUCACCACACUAUGACUCUGCAGAUCUUUCAUCCCGUCCCCCAGUGCAAGGUGCAGCACAACCUCGUGCAUGUGCUGCUGUUGUUGCUCCUCCAGUCCUGGUGGGGGAACUGUCACCCUCAGUGUUUGGACUACAAGCCCCCGUUCGAACCCCGGCAGCCAUUGGCAUUUUGCAAAGAGUACUCCAAGUUUGGAUGCUGUGAUCUGGAGAAGGAUGAAGAGAUUUCAAAGAGCUUCUACAGCAUCAUGGAAAACUUUGACCAUUCGGGUUACGUCACGUGUGGCAAAUACAUACGCAGCAUCCUGUGUCAGGAAUGUUCUCCCUACGCUGCCCACCUGUUUGAUGCUGAAGAUGCCAACACACCCAUGCGGCUGUUGCCUGGACUGUGUGGUGACUACUGCUUUGACUACUGGAACCAGUGUCGCUACACACUCAGCCUCCUUCUGGAGAACAUGGGAAGCCCGCAGCAGUUCUCCAACCUGACAGCAAUACUGGAAGAAGAUCGCACAAAGUUCUGCGACUUUCUGGAGCUGAGAGACAAACAGUACUGCUAUCCAAAUGUGCUGACCAAUGAAGAACUGAAUGCAAACCUGGGCUCAGUACGUGAAAAUACCAAAGGCUGUCUGGAGUUGUGUUUACAGGAGGUUGCCAACGGGCUUCGCAACCCUGUGGCAAUGAUUCAUGCCGACGACGGAACACACCGCUUUUUUGUGGCGGAACAACUGGGAUACGUCUGGGUGUAUUUAGCCAACGGCUCUAGGAUUGAUCGGCCUUUCCUCAACCUCACACGCGCUGUCCUCACGUCACCGUGGUCUGGAGACGAGAGGGGAUUUCUCUGCAUCGCCCUCCACCCAAGAUUUAGGACAGUCAGGAAAGCCUACGUGUACUACUCUGUGUCAGUUAAGAGAGAGGAGAGGAUACGGAUCAGCGAGUUCACCAUGUCGACUCAUGACGAAAACCAACUGGACCACUCGUCUGAGAGAACCAUCCUUGAGGUGGUGGAGCCAGCGUCCAAUCAUAAUGGAGGACAGCUGCUGUUUGGUCAAGACGGCUACCUGUACAUUUUUAUUGGAGAUGGUGGUCGUGCAGGAGAUCCGUUUGGAAAGUUUGGCAACUCCCAGAACAAGUCAACCCACCUUGGAAAAGCGCUGCGUAUUGAUGUCGACAACAAUGAUGAUGGUGCUCCGUACAGCAUUCCAUCAGACAACCCGUUCGUGAACGAAAAAGAGGCCAAACCUGAGAUUUAUGCAUAUGGGGUGAGGAACAUGUGGCGCUGCUCUAUCGACCGUGGAGACCCAGCAACAGGCAGAGGUAGAGGCAGGAUGUUUUGUGGGGAUGUAGGCCAGAACAAAUACGAAGAGGUUGAUCUUAUCGUUAAAGGAGGCAACUACGGAUGGAGGGCAAAAGAAGGCUUCAGCUGCUACGACCGCAAACUCUGUCAAAACUCUUCUCUAGAUGACAUCUUGCCUAUCUUUGCCUACCCCCACAAGUUGGGCAAAUCAGUGACAGGGGGAUACAUCUACAGAGGAUGUCAGAUGCCCAACCUCAAUGGACUCUACAUCUUUGGGGAUUUCAUGAGUGGGCGUCUGAUGUCAUUAAAGGAGAAUGAGGCCACAGGGGAAUGGCAGUACACUGAGAUUUGUAUGGGAGCAGACCAGACCUGCAGAUUCCCUAAACUCAUCAACAGUUAUUAUAAAUACAUAAUCUCUUUUGCUGAGGAUGAGGCAGGUGAGCUGUACUUUUUAGCUACAGGAAGCCCAAGUGCCACAGCCAGAGCAGGAGUCAUCUAUAAAAUAAUCGAUCCAUCCAGGAGAGCACCACCAGGAAAAUGCAGCGUCAAACCAUCUCAUAUCAACAUAAAGGGCAAGCUAAUUCACUUUUACCCUAAAGAAGAAUUUGUAAUCAACAAAAAACCGACCACGACAGCUGUGCCCACGACGACCACGAGAAGAACAACGACCACCACCAAGAAAACACCGAGAAAACCCAUAAUAAUAAUUAAACCACCAAUGCCAACGAGAAACACAAUAAGAAAACCGCAGCCGCCCCAAUCAGCCACAACAGCACCGAGAAAAACUACAACAACCAUAAAAGCAACAAUAAAAACCACAACAUUACCCACAACUGUCCAGAUGGCCAUGGAAACAACUCCCACCACAACCGCAGCCACCGGUUAUCGUGCAACCGUCAUGACCACAGUCUACUCUAGGAUCGCUCAAACCCCGAUCACCACUCCACGUCCAACGAGAAGACCUGGGAGACCAGUUCAGUUGCCCCUUAGCACCACACCCCAACCGAUAACCUCACCCCAGCCCGCUCCUUCUUCAACACCAACAACAGCUUCAAAACGACCUCAGACAACUCUGCCACCCGAGCGUCCUGCAGCGUUGACCACCACUGGUCCACCAUCGCAAUCCAGCCCAAAACCUUCUGGACCUCUCAACAAACCUCGGCGACCAACCAAUACCUCCAUUUCUAAAAGCUUUGAGAGGAAGUUGUGGUUCAGAGAGAAGUUGGAAAGUGUUGGAGGAGUAAACCAAAUAUAUAAAAAGCCAAACGGGGGUAAAUCACGAGCAGGGAAAAGGCCAAGGGCGGGUUCAGUGCGACUUGUUAGCGCUGACGGUUUAUCAGACCGGGGUAGGGUGGAGAUCUUCAUCCGAGGAGAGUGGGGCACAGUGUGUGACGACCUUUUCACCAGUAAGUCGGGCACCGUGGUGUGUCGACAACUUGGCUUCACAAAAGUGCUCGCUGUGAUGAAGAGGGCUGCGUUGGGCGAGGCCAACGGUAGCGUCAGGAUUUUGUUGGAUGACGUGGAGUGCGAGGGCGGGGAGCGAUCACUGCUGCUAUGUAGGAGAUCCAAGGUUGGGAAACACAACUGCUCACAUGGAGAAGAUGUGGGUGUGAUUUGUGGUUAGAGCUAUAGGUCAGAGAAGCAUAGGAAGGAAAAGAAUAGGACCGUUGGUUUAUGGACAGUUCGUAACAUUAGCCCUCGACCAGCUUUUUAAAGUAAAAUUCUAAGUGCUUUUAUUCAGAGUUGGGUAUUUUACCACAUAGUGAGGAAUCACUAUUUUUUCCUCUCAAGCUGAAUUGGAUAUUAUCGGAUAUUGGAUAUUUUACUUUUUGAUUCUGUCUGGUUCUCUUUUGGCAUGAACCCCAGUCCUACUUUUAUGGUGAGGACGAUGUUCUCUGGGUUCUACGCCGUUCCCUCUCCCCUGUGAAUGUAGGAAACAUCUCUAUGGCCAUAAGCAUUUGAGUUUUGUUUCAGUUGCCUGAAUGAGCUACGGUGCUGAUAUUACACUUGUGCUGCCAGUUAUUCUAGUGUUUAGAGAAUUUACUAGUUUUCUAUCUAGACUUCGCUUUUUUUUUAAGCAUUUUUUAACAUUUUUAUACCAUUUAUAGCUCAAUUUUUAAAGUUAAUAAUACAUCUCUUGCUUGUUUUUUUUAUUGUUUUUUUUUUUACUUGUAGGCAGCCUCAAACUCUAUUUGUGUUUCAGUUGCCAUUACACAUGGCAGUCAACCUCAUUUUAUAACCUGAAUUCAAAUGUCAAGAGAAUAACAAUGUUGAAGCACAUUAUAUUGUGGGAAAUGUUUUUUUGUAUGCAAAGAACACUAAUGUCGGUUUCCUUAAUGAGUGUAAAGCAGUGAUAAAAAA